UCCAAAAGUUAGUGUGCGGCCUAGUGGAAAUACCCUGUAACGGUCCACUUGAGUCGUGAGGUGUCUGUGUUUAUCAUUUUUCUAAUAACAUCGUCCUGCUUUGUUUGUUACAGCCCGGUGGGGCAGCGGUGUGCUUAGUGUGUAACGGAGCCUAGGCAGAAAACAUCCAUCCAGCCAGCCAGGAACCGGCAGCUAAUAGUAAGCAUCACGCUUCGCAUUGUUUGGCAGAGGCCAAACAAUGAUGCACAUUAAAGCAUCACCAGCGCGUUACAUUUCUGGGUCGUUGUGUGCGUGAACUUCUGCUAUACAACAAUCCUCCCGCUUGCAACCUAGUAGCCCGCCUUACAGUCAACCAGGCAAGCAACAUUAUCAUGCAAAGGCUUUUUAGACGUUCACCGCUUGUACAAUGUCCUGUGGACAAAGCAGUGCGUCGGCAUCGUUGCCAAUUGGUGGCCUCUACACGAUCCGGAUUGCGCGACGAAGUGGCCCAACUUAACCUUGGCAAAAGCCCGGUCGAGGAGUUAUCUGGCGAAACAAACACCAUGGUGACGGACGUGAUGGACAUCGACCGCACUCCGGAGCUCCUGACGUGGCUGUUCAGCAGCUUCUUUGGCCGCGGGGCGAACCAGCCCAACACUACAUCCCCACCUACACCUACAUCUACACCUACAGACCAAGUCACGACCUCAUCACCCAAAUCCUCAACUACACCAUCUUCCGCAACCACACCCAACUCGCCCACCACGCCAUCAUCUGCUGCUACUGCAGCUGCUACUGCGGCAACACCCCUCCUGGCACCAUCAGUCCCCGCCAAUACGCGCCCGGACGGUAACCGCCCAAACGACCAACCCAGCACAUCGCUAUCAUCACCAUCGAAGAAACUAGGAUCACAACCAUCACCGCCGAGCUCGGACCCCGAUAAUGUGGCCCCUGAAAUCGCAACCGCUACCCUGGGCGGCGGCUGCUUCUGGUGCAUCGAGGCCUGCUUUCGGGAGCUGGAGGGCGUGGUGUCUGUCACCAGCGGAUAUGCAGGUGGCCACGUACCCAACCCCACCUACCAACAAGUCUGUUCCAAAACCACAGGCCAUGCAGAAGUCGUACAGGUCAAGUACGACGCAAAUGUACUGUCGUAUAAGGACCUGUUGCAGAUCUUCAUGGCGCUACACGACCCCACCACGCCCAACCGCAGCGGCAACGACCUGGGCCCGCAGUACCGCUCCAUCAUCCUCACGCACGAUGACAGCCAGGCGCAGGUCGCGGCGGAAGUGCUGGCGGAGGCCAAUCGGGCCUUAUGGUUCGGUCGCAGGGUCUGUACGGAGGUCGCACCGCUGAGUGUGUUCUACCCGGCCGAGCCGUACCACCAGCGGUACUACAGCCGUAACCCCGAGGCAGGCUACUGCGUAUUUGUGGUGCAGCCCAAGCUGCAGGAAUUCCGUCGCAAGUACGGCAAAAGACUAAGACGGGACGCGUCACUUUCCCCGGCAUCACUGCUAUAGGAUGGUGCAGCUCGUGGGGGGAAAAGGGGGAGGGGGCUCCGGGCCCUGGCCCACCAGGCGAGCUGUGGAACCACACACCAGCCAGGAUCCAGAAUCCAAGGUCCAGGAUCAAGAAUUCAGGGUCCAGGAUUGAGGACCGGAAUCCAGGAUUCAGGAUCCAAGAUAAUUGUGGAGAACGGCUGCCUGUGUUGUUGCCUCUUGGGUGCAUGUGUUUGUUAUGUUGGUUGCAUUGGUUAUCGGUUAGGUUUGGUAGGAAAUGCCCCGGCCGCCGCCGGCAAGAGUGUUUUCAGUAGGGGAGGGGAGUCAUCACAACCGUCAUCACACGGGUGCCAAGGUCGUCAAGGUAAUUAAGGCACCGACACGGUUGCCGUAACAUGCACCCACACCAAACUGACAGUCUGCAAGGAAACUGAACCUGUCUCCGGCCACACCGGCCAAUCCGCAUUGCAGGCCCUGCAGUCGGUAUAUGCGCUUACAGAGCCCAAUACUAUAGUCAGUCUCUGUUAUGUUUUAAAUAACCCCACGCCC